AACUCAAGCACGCUUCUGUUUGUAGACUAUGCCAAGGAAGUGGUUCUCCCGCCCAGUGAAGGUUGUUCUGGCCUUUACAUCUCUGGGUUUCGUAAUCAUGAUAAUUGGAUCCCAUUUCUGGUGGGAGGCUGUCAUCAAUGGACAAUCGACUUUGAACUCUCAACUGAUACCACGUUUUCUAGAGACCUGCUACUCAUCCGACACCUUGACCAACGAAAAAUUGAAGUCGCUGAUGUUUCCGGAUGGCACGGACGUCAGGCGGUUGGCGGAAGAUCACAUAAAGAGAAAAGAGCUCUUACAUAAAACAUGCAAAGCUGGGCCGGAGGAAAACUUCUUUGAAGAUGCCAGAGAGGCAGUAACUGAAGGAAAUCAGUUCCUUAUCGACGACGUGCACCGCCUGUUGUACUGCCCCAUAGAGAAGGUCGGGUGUAGUUUCUGGAAGCGCGUGUUCGUGCUUCUCAAAGACCAGCAACAGGGCAAGUCAGUAUUCAACCUGUCAGGCGUGGCCGUGCACAGGAGGUGGGGCUUGUUCAACACCAGCGCAUCCAAACCUUUUCUUCUGAAAUACUUCUACCUUCAGUCAUACACGAAGUUCUUGUUCGUCAGAGAUCCCUACGAGCGCUUGUUUUCCGGGUACAUCGACAAGAUAUUCACCCCUAGCUACCAGACUCAAGGGUUGUCGGAGCACAUCCGACAGCAUUUUGGGGAAAACCUGCAGCCAGCGGCGAUGGGUGACAGAAAGCUAGCCAAUCAGACGACAGGCUCAUUCUCGUGCGUCACAAGCGUCAGUUUUUCUGAGUUCUGUCGCUACGUCACCAACGACAUUGGUGUUGCUGUCAACGCACACUUCACGCCCAUGUACGCCAAGUGUUUGCCGUGUCACGUGGGUUACGACUUCGUGGGUAAGAUGGAGACCUUUCGUGACGACACCAACUUCAUUCUAACUGCCGCUGGCGUCAACGUGACGUCAGUGUUGGGACCGGACUCCUCGUUCCAGACGGAAAAUGACCUCAGCAUCAUGAGAGACGUCACAAACCGGGUCUUUGACGUCAUCAUUUCUGACACAAGAAAAUGUUUCCAUAAGGCAAACAUGUUAAGAAGAACUUGGGCUACCUUUCAGAUACGCGGCUAUUUAUCUAUUCACAAAAAAUUUCCAGUUUCUGAUGAAGAGGCAGAAAAUCUAACAUCCGAACAGUUCUUGAACCUUGCAAUGAAGGCUUACGAAAAUUCCGGUAGUCGAGAAGAGUGCAUGCGUCAACGCAAGACGGCCAUUCUGGAAGCGUUUUACAACAUUCCCAGGUCACUUUUAAAAAAGGUUGAAUUUUUUGUUCAAAAGGACUGCCUACUGUUUGGUUACGAGUGCAAUGUGGAUCAGAGAUUUCCAGAGAAUCAAGCACCACAGCCUGUGUUUAAGUUUGACACCAUGAUUUAAAACAAUCAAAUGCGUCCAUAGACAAAAUAUGGUGUCUGUCGGGCUUUACUUUCUCCCAGUGUUGUCGCAUGUUUGCAGUGUGUGCGAGCUGUGGGUGGGUGGUGGAUGCGUUUGAGCGAGCGAGUAAAUGGGAAAAAAACGUUUGGAGGGAGAAGAGAAAGAGAGGCUGCACACAGACAAAUAAUAGAUAAAAGAUGUACACACACGCGCACGCACACACCCACAAAAGUGUUUCUCUAUUUACCUGCUUUAUGAUAUCUGUUUGUCGUUAUACCUGGUCGUGGUUUCACACAGAUUAAUAAGUUAUCCCAGAGAUAAAAAACCUCUUUACACAACGAAAAGCGAUUAUUACAUUUUUUGCGACAUUGGGACAUCAUCAUCAUCAUCAUCAUCCAGCAGCAGCAGCAGCAUCUGAACUGCUUUUAGGGAUGUAUCCCAGCCAAAACCUGGUUGUCCACGUUUUACAAACACAGAACGUUGGAUGGGGUAGCUGGUGUUUUUAUACCGAGCCAGAAGCUAAGGCUAUAUCACGGCAAAGUAGCCAGAGCUGUAAACAGGUGUGACAUGCGGAGAAAAAAAGUAGUGUGCCCUAGACGAGAUCUGAACCAAAAAGCUGCCAAUCCAGACUGGAGUGGCGACAGGCGUUAACCGUUGGUCCACUGGCACAAAAACACAUCGCAAACCUUGUAGCUGGCUCUGCUUGAUAACAUCCU